AAACAACAAAAUAGAAAGACAAACCACGAUGAUUUGGUAGUACGGGGCGUCGUUUGCCCGGAUAGGAGAGAUUGCAGCUCCAAGAUUGUUUGUUUAAGACAGUGACAGUAAAAAAUUUAAGCUACCUGUAUUUGGCCAGUUGUUGUUCAAACUCCAAACACAUUGACCCAAAGUAUUGUGUACAAAAGUACACACCAUUUCGAGAUGAAUUAUUCAUUGUUUUUGACCUUCGUUUUGGUAAUUGGUCAAGUUAACUGUGUUAUACCAUCUGUUAAGGAUGCCCAUAACUGGGCUGGCGAAUUAGAAAAGGCUCAGCAUGAUUUCAACCUGGACUCGUACUCAAAGCAGUGGAUGGACGAGUGUGAAAGGGUUAAUGGAAGCGAAGCCAUCGAAGAUAUUCGUGAAUCAGUGACGGCAUUGACCGAUUGUAUAUCGUCAAAAAUCAAUAUUCACAACAUAACUGAGGAGAUUAAAGAGGCGUCUCCCAAGGGAAUCCUUGACGAGGUUUUUGCAAAAUAUUGCGAUCAAAUCUCAGCGAUAAAAAAAUGUAGAGAACCAGUUAUAUUGGCUAUGCAAGUUUGUCUUUCAGAUCAAGCUGAUCAGGAUCUUGAAAUCUUCGAUGAAGCCAUUAGUGCAGCUGUAGAUUUCAUGUGCUAUAAAGGAGGGGAGCGGAUAGCAAUUUUUAUGUCUGAAAACGGAACUGAUUGCUUUUUGUCAAAUAUUGACAACAUCGCGACGUGUCUCAAUGGAAGUCUGCCUGAAUUAGAAAAUGCAAUAAAGGGUAUACAAACAACCAACACCUCAAUGUUUGACGAUACCAACUGCGGGUUGGAAACCAAAAUGAAGGCAUGUGUGAUCAACGGUUUGAAAACGUGUUCCGACCCGACACCAGCCAACGUUGUUGAAGGCUUAAUAGAUUCAAUGAUCAAGAAAACUCCUUGUUACAAAAGCGAAGCAAAUUAUUUGAACACUUCGCAUUCCUACCAUUCUUCCGCAUUGCUUUGGGCGUUGGCAACGCUGUCGAUGGUUACUCGAUUCAUGUUCCACUCCUAAGUAUUGUGUAAUAUAGCAAUAGUCCCAUUUUGAAAAUAAACUUUGUGUACAAUU